AUGACCACAAGCGGUUUUCCUACUCUCCUGCCCGCAUACUCUUAAAAAGCAUGAGCUCCGAGAGCCACUCGCACAUCAUUUAUUUAACCCCCAGCACCACAAACAGAGGAAACCAUUAUCGAUGGAUGCUUGGUUUCUCAUUAUCCUAUCCAUCCCUCUAUGCCUAGCUCUCCACCUUGUUCUCCUGUCCUACUCCCCGAACAAAAGAAGGCUAAGGCUUCCACCAGGCCCAUCCACCAUUCCCUUCUUGGCCAAAUUUAUAUGGCUGAAGAGAUCCAUCUUCGACAUCGAGCCCAUACUCCGGCAGCUCCAUGCGAAGCUCGGACCCAUCGUAACACUUCGUGUCACCUCCAGACCGGCCAUCUUCAUCGCUGACCGCAACGUGGCUCACCAAGCCCUCGUCCAGAGCGGCGCCGCCUUCGCCGACCGCCCUCCAGCCAUGGAGCCCACCCGCUUCCUCACGAGCAACCAGUACGACAUCAACUCCUCCCCAUACGGGCCUCGCUGGCGCCUCCUUCGCCGGAACCUCUCCUCCGAGAUUCUCCAUCCUUCGCGCGUCAAGCUCUUCGCCCCUGCCCGCCGAUGGGUCCUUCAAAUUCUCCUCGACAAGCUGAAAGCCCAGGCCGGGAUCAAAGACGGAGUGGUGGUGGUCAUGGAGACCUUCCAGUAUGCCAUGUUCUGCUUGCUGGUAUUUAUGUGCUUCGGCGAGAAAUUAGAUGAGAAGGCCAUCAGGGAAAUUGAAGCCAUACAGAGAUAUUUGCUCUUGACGCUCACUGAGUUUCCCAUCUUCGCUUUCUUUCCCAGAAUCACCAAGGUUUUAUUCCGGAGGAGGUGGAACGAAAUCGUAGCAGGCAGGAAAAAGCAGGAGGAUAUCUGCAUCCCAUUGAUCAAAGCUCGGCAAAACCAAAGGCAGCAGCCAGGUGAAGGAAGCUAUGUCUAUUGUUACGUUGAUUCCCUUUUUGGCAUCGAGCUUCCCGAGGAGGGAGGAAGGAAACUGAGCGAAAGUGAGAUGGUGAACCUCUGCUCGGAGUUCAUGAACGCAGGCACCGACACGACCGCUACUGCGUUGCAGUGGAUCAUGGCAAACUUGGUGAAGCACCAAGCUAUACAAGGGAAGCUGGCGGAAGAGAUCAAGAGGGUGGUGGGGAGCGAAGCGGAGGUGAUUAAGGAGGAGGACCUUCAGAAGAUGCCAUAUUUAAAAGCUGUGAUCAUGGAGGGGCUGCGGCGACACCCGCCGGGACACUUUCUGCUGCCACAUACGGUGACGGGGGACAUGACAUUGAACGGGUAUUUGAUACCGACGGGAGCGGACGUGAACGUUAUGUUGGCGGAGAUAGGCAGGGAUGAGAAGGUGUGGGAGGAGCCAUUGGAGUUCAAGCCCGAGAGGUUCUUGGCCGGGGGACCGGGUGAAGGGGUGGAUAUGACGGGGAGUAGGGAGAUCAAGAUGAUGCCAUUUGGGGUGGGGAGAAGGAUGUGCCCGGGGCUUGGGCUGGCCAUGCUCCAUCUGGAGUUCUUCGUGGCUAAUUUAGUACGGGAAUUUGAGUGGAAGGCCGUGGAAGGUGAGGAGGUUGACCUAUCCGAAAAGCUGGAGUUCACUGUAGUCAUGAAAUAUCCCCUUCGUGCUCGAAUCUUUCCAAGGGAAGCUCGAAUCUUUCCAAGGGAAGAGUAAUUAAGUAAUGUGAAUUUCUUACGUUACGAUCCUGCUUCCUUUUGUUUUAUACCAUAACACCAGUGUUGCUUACGUAUUUCAUAAAUUAAUAUAGCCUCUUUAUAUGUUACA